UCAACCGGUCUUGGGUUUGAUGCACGAGAUGAGAGAAGAGCUGGCUUACAGACUCUUUCAGACUAAUGCUUUAAAACCACGGGUUUUUGAAUAGAUAAAACAAUAAACUAACGUCUGCUUUACUUUGUGGUUAUGAACCGGGAUACCGCAUUAGCCAUGGCUCCGUAAAUACUGCUAGCAGGCUAGCCUAGGAACUCAAGACAUAACCACUGACACAGCUAGCUUCGCUGGCUAACUUGUUAACAGGGGUCAAGCUAUCUGGACGCGCCACAAAACGGCGAUUAUUGAUAGCGUCUGCCAGGUGUACUUUAGGAGCUGUUUUUUUUUUAAUCUGCAUUUUCACUUGGCGCUUUGGUUUAGUUUAGUACUGGCAUAUUAGCUGGUUAGCCUGCUAUUUACCUGGCUAGUUAACAGUUGCAUUAGCGACGUCUGAUCAAGUUCAUUGGCUACGAAAGCUAGUCAGCUAGCGGUUAGCAUAGUGCUAACGCGUCAUCAUGAGAUAAAACGCACUCGUGAGCUUUUCUUACUUGCAGUAGCGCGUGUUGUUUCUUCAUACAUAAAAGCAUCUAAUCCUAGCAGCCCUGAAAUAUUUAUAUACCAGUUCAACGGAAAGAGGAGUAUUUUUAAAAACCAGCUCUAUGCCAGCAGAUAUGACAAUGUUAGCAGACCACACAGCCCGGCAGCUGCUGGACUUCAGUCAGAAGCUGGAUAUCAAUCUGCUGGACAAUGUAGUCAACUCAAUGUACUAUGAUGUUGGAUCACAGCAACGACUGGCACAAGAAGUUCUUACCAACUUAAAGGAUCACCCGGACGCCUGGACCAGAGUGGACACCAUCUUGAGUUUUUCUCAGAACAUGAAGACAAAGUACUACGCGCUACAGAUUCUUGAGACUGUCAUUAAAACACGCUGGAAAAUUCUCCCAAGGAACCAGUGCGAAGGAAUUAAGAAGUAUGUAGUCGGGCUCAUUAUCAAGACCUCCUCUGAUCCUGCUGUUGUGGAGAAGGAGGGAGUUUACCUGGCAAAACUGAAUAUGAUCUUGGUGCAGAUCCUGAAGCAGGAGUGGCCCAAGCACUGGCCAACGUUCAUCAGUGACAUCGUGGGGGCUAGCCGCACCAGCGAGAGCCUCUGUCAGAACAACAUGGUCAUCCUGAAGCUGCUCAGCGAGGAGGUGUUCGACUUCUCCAGCCAGAUGACCCAGGUCAAGGCCAAGCACCUGAAGGACAGCAUGUGCAAUGAAUUCUCCCAGAUUUUCCAGCUUUGCCAGUUUGUCAUGGAGAAUUCCCAGAACGCUCCACUGGUCCACGCCACACUGGAGACCCUCCUGCGUUUCCUUAAUUGGAUUCCACUGGGCUAUAUUUUCGAGACCAAACUCAUCAGCACCCUGGUUUACAAGUUCCUGAAUGUGCCCAUGUUCCGGAAUGUGACUCUGAAGUGUCUGACGGAGAUCGCAGGGGUGAGCGUCAAUCAGUAUGAGGAACAGUUCGUCAGCCUCUUCACACUUACCAUGAUGCAGCUCAAACAGAUGCUGCCUCUGAACACAAACAUCCGUCUGGCGUACGCGAACGGGAAGGAUGAUGAGCAGAACUUCAUCCAGAACCUCAGUCUGUUCCUCUGCACCUUCCUCAAAGAGCACGGGCAGCUCAUCGAGAAGAGGCUCAACCUCAGAGAGACUCUCAUGGAGGCCCUCCACUACAUGCUGCUGGUGUCGGAGGUGGAGGAGACGGAGAUCUUUAAGAUCUGUCUGGAGUACUGGAACCACCUGGCGGCGGAGCUGUACAGGGAGAGCCCCUUCAGCACCUCCACCUCCCCCCUGCUGUCUGGCAGCCAGCACUUUGACGUCCCCCCACGCAGACACCUCUAUCUGCCCGUACUGUCUAAGGUGCGUCUGCUGAUGGUGAGCCGCAUGGCAAAGCCGGAGGAGGUGCUGGUGGUGGAGAACGAUCAGGGCGAGGUGGUGCGUGAGUUCAUGAAGGACACAGACUCCAUCAACCUCUACAAGAACAUGAGAGAGACGCUCGUGUACCUGACCCACCUGGACUAUGCAGACACAGAGCGCAUCAUGACUGAGAAGCUCCACAACCAGGUGAACGGCACUGAGUGGUCCUGGAGGAACCUGAACACACUGUGCUGGGCCAUCGGCUCCAUCAGCGGAGCCAUGCAUGAGGAGGACGAGAAGAGGUUCCUGGUCACUGUAAUCAAGGAUCUCCUGGGGUUGUGUGAGCAGAAGAGAGGCAAAGACAACAAGGCCAUCAUCGCUUCCAACAUCAUGUACAUCGUAGGCCAGUACCCACGCUUCCUCCGUGCCCACUGGAAGUUCCUCAAGACUGUUGUCAACAAACUCUUUGAGUUCAUGCAUGAAACCCAUGAUGGUGUUCAAGACAUGGCCUGCGACACGUUCAUUAAGAUCGCCCAGAAGUGCAGGAGGCAUUUUGUGCAGGUGCAGGUCGGGGAAGUCAUGCCCUUCAUUGACGAGAUCCUCAACAACAUCAACACCAUCAUCUGUGACCUGCAGCCACAGCAGGUGCACACCUUCUAUGAGGCGGUGGGCUACAUGAUUGGUGCCCAGACGGACCAGGCUGUGCAGGAGCACCUCAUAGAGAAGUACAUGCUGCUGCCCAACCAGGUGUGGGACAGCAUCAUCCAGCAGGCCACUAAGAACGUGGACAUCCUGAAGGACCCGGAGACGGUGCGUCAGCUGGGGAGCAUUCUGAAGACCAACGUGAGGGCGUGUAAGGCUGUGGGCCACCCCUUCGUGGUGCAGCUGGGCCGUAUCUACCUGGACAUGCUCAACGUCUAUAAGUGCCUGAGCGAGAACAUCUCCUCCGCCAUCCAAACCAACGGUGAAAUGGUGACAAAGCAGCCACUAAUCAGGAGCAUGCGUACGGUGAAGAGAGAGACUCUGAAGCUCAUCUCUGGCUGGGUCAGCCGCUCCAACGAUCCCCAGAUGGUGGGGGAGAACUUCGUUCCUCCUCUCCUAGAGGCUGUCCUCAUUGACUACCAACGCAACGUUCCCGCUGCUCGAGAACCCGAAGUGCUCAGCACCAUGGCAACCAUCGUUAAUAAGCUUGGAGGCCACAUCACUGGGGAAAUACCCAAGAUCUUUGAUGCUGUCUUUGAGUGCACCCUUAACAUGAUCAACAAGGACUUUGAGGAGUUCCCCGAGCACAGGACGAACUUCUUCUAUCUGCUGCAGGCUGUGAACUCCCAGUGCUUCCCCGCCUUCCUCUCCAUCCCACCGGCCCAGUUCAAACUGGUGCUGGACUCCAUCAUCUGGGCCUUCAAACACACCAUGAGGAAUGUAGCAGACACAGGUCUGCAGAUCCUUUACACCAUGCUGCAGAAUGUGGCCCAGGAAGAGGCCGCUGCUCAGAGCUUUUACCAGACGUACUUCUGUGACAUCCUCCAGCACAUCUUCUCUGUGGUCACAGACACAUCACACACAGCUGGUUUAACGAUGCACGCCUCCAUCUUGGCCUACAUGUUCAACCUGGUGGAGGAGGGCAAAAUCAGCGUAGCCCUGAGCACAGGGGCCCCCGUCAACAACCAGGCGUACGUGCAGGAGUACGUGGGCAACCUGCUGAAAACGGCCUUCCCACACCUGCAAGAUGCGCAGGUGAAGGUGUUUGUGACGGGUCUGUUCAGCUUGAAUCAGGACAUACCUGCGUUUAAAGAGCACCUGAGGGACUUCCUGGUGCAGAUAAAGGAGUUUGCGGGUGAAGACACUAGUGAUCUGUUCCUGGAGGAGCGGGAGGCGUCUCUCCGCCAGGCCCAGGAGGAGAAGCACAAGCUCCAGAUGUCUGUGCCGGGAAUCCUGAACCCCCACGAGCUCCCAGAGGAAAUGUGCGACUGAGCGGCGUGUACAGUGUCUCGUGCAGGACAGAGUGGAAUCAGGAACUGGCGAUGCUUUAUGCUUUAAAAGGUGUGCAUGUGCGCCUCUGCGCGCGUGCGUGUGUGUACAGAGAAAUGGAAGUGGUAGGCAGAAGAUGGAACAGUUCGAAGUGUACAUUUUGACCAAAUCAAUGCCAACGUGUAAAUGGAACGUCUAUUCCCUUCUUUGACACCACCCAUUUCAUAUCCAGUGCCCGCCCAUGUCAUUUUUACUUGAGAGAUCACUUUGUAUGGAGAGCGCUGGUGUGUUAUUAAUCCCAUGUUAAUCAAUUCAAAUCAAAUCCAAAUACCCUUUGGGUUGGGUAUCUUUUUUUUUUUUUUUUUUUUUUUUUUUUUUUUUUUUUCCCCCCCC